AUAGAGAGAGAGAGAGAGAGAAAGAGAAAGAGAAAGAGAGAGAGAGUAAUAGGGAGACGGGAAGGAGGGAGAAGAGUGAGUGAAGACUCCACCGAAGGGAGGGCUGGGCUUCGAGCCAGGACUGUCACCUCCUCAUCCGAGCCACCCCUCAACUGAAACGACGAACGUUUGCCAGAAGACUCCACCGAAGGGAGGGCUGGGCUUCGAGCUCGGGUUGUUGGGAGAAAGGGCGAGGUGUGGCGACCUGGGCAGAUUUUUUUUCUUUCAUCCAGAGUUGUUGGAUAAUCUACAUAGUAUUCUUGGGCUACCAACGUGUUUUGGCAUUCAGAAAGAUUAGUCGCAAACAUGGGAAGUGGAACUCUAUUCAAAUGGUCAAAAAAUAUCACUCCUUCCCAAGUUGAGCAAAUGAUACGAGCUGAAAAGGACAUAAAGAAGGCCAUUCUUGUAUUUGAUUCGGCCACAGCUGAGUUUGCCAAUGGUUUUCGGCACAAUCACAACACAUUUGGUCUCAUGAUCUCUAGAUUAGUAUCCUCAAACCAGUUCAGAUCAGCUGAGGCAAUGCUUGUUAGAAUGAAGGAGGAGAAGUGUGAUAUCAAGGAGGACAUAUUCAUGUCUAUCUGCAGAGGGUAUGGUCGUGUCCACGGGCCCUUGGAUGCUAUCAGGGUCUUCCACAAGAUGGAAGACUUUCAAUGCAAACCAACCUCAAAGUCAUACAUUACUAUAUUUUCUAUUCUUGUUGAAGAAAACCAGUUAAAGUUAGCAUAUAGGUUUUACCGGUAUAUGAGAGAAAUGGGUAUUCCACCUGUCCUCGCUUCCCUUAAUAUUUUGCUGAAAGCCCUCUGCAAGAAUAGUGAAACAAUGGAUGCAGCUCUUCGUAUGUUCCGUGAGAUGCCCAGUCGUGGGUUUACUCCGGAUUCAUAUACAUAUGGGACUUUGAUUAAUGGAUUGUGCAAAUUAGGAAAUGUUGAUGACGCAAAGGAGCUAUUCAAAGAGAUGGAGUCAAAAGGAUGUUUGCCCACUGUUGUCACAUACACUAACUUGAUACAUGGUUUGUGCCGGUCAAACAAUUUGGAUGAAGCUAUGGGAUUGUUUGAGGAGAUGGAAAGCAAAGGUAUCAGUCCAAAUGUGUUUACUUACAGUUCUCUAAUGGAUGGCUUUUGCAAGGGUGGGCGUUCUUCCGAGGCAUUGGAACUAAUGCAUAAGAUGAUAAGCAGAGGCCAUAUGCCCAACAUGGUCACUUAUAGUUCUUUGAUCUAUGGACUAUGUAAAGAAGGAAAGCUUCAAGAAUCUCUUGAAAUUCUUGACAGAAUGAAGCUUCAAGGUUUAAAGCCAGAUGCAGGCCAAUAUGGAAAAGUAAUAACUGGGUUUUGUGAUAUUAACAAGUUUCAGGAAGCAGCAAACUUUAUUGAUGAGAUGGUUCUUGAUGGAAUCACGCCAAACCGUAUAACGUGGAGCCUUCAUGUUAGAAUCCAUAAUAUUGUUGUCCAAGGCUUAUGUACCGCCAGCAACUUAGAUCGAGCUUUUCAAUUAUAUCUUAGCUUGCGUACAAGGGGUAUCACAGUUGAUACUAGGACAUUUGACACUCUGGUUGAACAUUUCUGUAAGAAAGGUGACUUGCAUAAAGCUGCUCGAAUAGUUGAUGAGAUGAUGCUCGAUGGAUGUGUUCCAAACGAGGAUACUUGGAGAUCUAUAGUUGAUGGAUUUUGGAACCGAAGGAAGGUACGAGAAGCUGCUGAGUCAGUGCAAGCUGAGCUAUUGAGUGACUUCCUUGAUCCCGGAACUUAAUUCAUAUUUCCAUAGUCAACUUGUUCCCACUUGAAUACUUAAUGAGAGAACUUGUUCCAUGGUGGAUAAGGUCCAACAUAGAAGAGAGGCUCUGGAGCCUUGCAGGUUCACUCACUUGGUUAUCAUGGCACAAGAAGCUUGUUGCAACUUCAUAGUCUAUCUAAGAAGGGGCACCGUGAAACCUGUUUUCUCAAAGGUGGCAGAUUAAUAGUGUACUCGUUCUGAGAUAUUUAUUUUGUUUGUAAUUGCCUCCUUAAGAUUCAAUGGCUGAAUCUUUCCUAGGCAAUACCAACAAUAUUUUCGUAGAUUCAAUUUGAGGGAAUUCCCAACUUUUUUUUUUUGAAGGUUCGAUCUGUACCAUUUCGAACUCAUAAAAAUUGACAUUCUUGGCAAUACAACGAGCUACACUAUUCGAAGAAGCCUUGAAACCCAGCUACUUUGCCUCUGAAGUAAGCUCAUCCGCCAAGAUAUCUAGAUCUACAUGAGGAUCCAAACAAUUUUAAGCUAAUGAAAUUCUAAAUUUAUUA